UAGCCUACUGAAGCCUUAAGUGUCGCCAGUGUCUUUAAGCUACUUACCGCUCGCGACGUGUUAACUGUUUUCUAAAUCGGCUGGGCUAUAUCGACUAUAUCUGUUUUCGUUUUUUGCCAAGAGCUUCAUCUAUGGAGACAAUUGUAUGCUAGGACCUACCUAGCGCAAUGUCUCCACCAGGAUCUAUUUAUUUUACUGGAUAUCGAUAACGACAACUUUUCAAAGGAAUCACUGCAAGAUGGCCUCGUUCUUCCACCAAUUACGACUUCUUCUUUGGAAAAAUUUCCUGAGCGUCAUUAGACAGCCCGCCUGGUCUGUGGCACUGCUAGUCUGGCCCCUGGUCAUCUUCAUCAUCCUCGCCAUCACACGCUCACAGUUCCCCCCCGUGCUGAAAGACACGUGCUAUGUGGCCCCUCGGAACCUGCCCAGCUCUGGGUUCUUCCCCUUUCUGCAGACGCUCAUGUGCCGCACGGACAGCGUCUGCUCCAACAAGUCCCACCUGCUUCGCUUCCGAGGCACGUCCAGGGCCGGCGGUCAGGGUCUACACUGGACUGCCGGGGACCUCCGGAGGUUGUCCCUCCUCUCUUUUGACGAAGACCCUUUAGAUGAUCUCAAACGGCAUGGCGGCCUGCUCGCAACCCCCCCAAACGAAGAUGGCACACAAAUGGCACAUAUCUGGCAAAGAUUGCUGAAUUCCAGCUAUGAAGGUCUGCCCAAUAAGACUGUCCUCAUGGCCACCCUGAACUCGACCAUGCUGGAAGACCAGGAGGUUCUGAACGCCAUGCUGGCCUCGGUGAACCUGCUGAAGAGGUCUCUGUGCAACGUCUCUCUGUCCCUGCUCGGCGAUUCAGCCCCGCCCUCCGUAGAUCCCCUCACCUACGGCCUGCUCACUUUCUGCAGGACCAACGACACUCUGCUGGAGGUCCUCCUGCUGACCAUCAACCAGGUUGUGACUGAGCAGCUGCUGAACGACCCUGUGGAGCUCAUGAACACGGUGGGAGAGGCGGUGUUGCUGUAUGACCAGCUCCAGCUGCUGAACCCUCUGUGGGAGAUGGCCCUCAGGCUGCCCCAGCUCUUUGGACCCGACUACUCUUUUCCUUCUCUCCUGCGUGACAUCAAGAGGACUCUGAUCUCCGUUCAGAGAACUUUCCCUCACGUUCCCGUUGCCAUGGUGAUCCCGGCCCUGGAUCAAGCUCUCGACUUCGUGCAGUACAUGUACAACUGGCCUGGCCAAGGUGUCUAUAUUAAUCUGAGUCAAGUCCUUGCGAUUCCGUCAAACACUUCCCUGUCCAACACGGAGGAGACUGCCAUCAAGUCGGUUAAGGUCCCAUUGCCUUGGGCUGCCGUGCUGAUGGACUACACGACUUUCAACUCCUAUGUGUGUCACAAUGUGACCAACUGUAAUGGGGAGAGUCUGGAUCGGCUGUUUGGAUGGAUUAAACAGGACCGGGUGAUCCUGCAGGUGUUCCAGGCCUGGAGUCAGAAGGUCUCCUCCCAUGACAUCAGCUUUGUUAAUCGGAUGCUGAGCAGUCUUUUGAGCGCCUACAGCCCCGAGGCCGAGGGCCGAUUCUCCCUCCCCACCAUGUCCUCCUACAACGGCAGUGGUUCGCCGAAGAGCCUGGGAGAGCAAAUAUUCCUGGACGUGGGUUCGAUGGCCCUGGAUCUGCUGAAGGGUCUCCCAGGCGAGAGCAUUGUCCGCACUGCCCUAAUGGUGGCCCAUGGCUCCAUGGAGCUGGCCACGCAGAUCCUGGAGACACAGCAGGAGCAAAUGCAGAACAUUCAGGACGAUGGCAGUCGCCUCAUGAAGCUGGUUUUGGCCCUGAUGGAGGAUGAAGCUUCGGCCAACGCCUGGGCCAAACGGGUCAUGGGUUCUGUCAUGGAGACCACCACCCAGGUGCUCGUGUCCCGGGAGCCUGUGGAGUGCGGAGACCUUCUCUCCCGUUGGGACUGGCUCUCCAAUCUCAGCUCCGUGCCCCGUGAGCUCUGGCACGCCCUCUUCUGCCCCGAGCACAGCUCCAGCUUCCUGGAGGCCCUCGGCGCUCAGUGGACACCCGUGACUCGAAAGGUGUGUGCGCCGCGGUUUUGUCAAUUCGUCUCGAGGGAGAAGCGGCCCCGCCGCAUUCCAGCCGCCUGAGCCGUCUUUUUAAAGAAACGACCUGAAGGGCGAACCUACGUCAUUCUCGCUGGUGCAGAGUCAUUGUUGUUUUUUUGCGUAGAUGGUGUGUGACAGUAGCCAGAAUCUGAGGGCUGGCAUGUGUUUUUGGAGUAAACGGGCUGAUCUCUGUUAUACUGAAUGCCAUACCGGUCUACCUGACGGAAGGUCACCUUCAGAAGUUCAGUUCAGUGUCGCAUAGGUAGGGCUGACA